CAGCACAAGACGAUACAAACAAUCAUUACUAUACAUGUAAUCAUAUUUCUUUGGGUUUAUUCUGAUCCUUGAAUUACGAAACAUAACUUCGUGCUGUUCAUGCUUGACUCCAAGGAAGGACCAACAACGAAGCUAUCACAACAAUCCCUGAAUUAUUGACGAAAGAGAUAAGGGUUUCCAUACGACCUGUCGUUGUGAUUGUAAGAAGGGAGAAAGCAAGAACUAGAUACUUUAAUUGUAAUUUGAUACAAGUUUCUCUCCUCAGGCUAUGGAUGUGUUGCCGGUUUCUGUUGAUUUUAAACUGACACUACCUUGAAACGAUGGAAACGGAAUCUUCUUAUUUGUCUUGGACAGUUAACUUAGCACAUGAGAAUGAGUUGUCAUGAUGAUUUAGCUCGGGAGUAAGCCCCAAGCCAAGCCCUCCACAGCCUCCACCAUGGGGAUGGGUGUGCCGCUGCUCAACGAGUACAAGCGCCGAUUUCUCCUCAAGCGCAUUCCGCAGACCAUACUCGGAGGCUUGAAACUACGAGUGGGCUAUGAUGCGCCUGCUUACGUCUACUUCCAUCAGAUCGUCCUGUGGCUGGUCCCGUUUCUGUUGGGCUGCGUGUUCACGCUGGUGUUGGAGCUGGCCUACACGGACGCACAGGUCUACGACUUCCUGCUACUCUACUGCUGCCUGUACGGGGCCUGCAUCGUCAUCUUCGUGGUGGUGGUGCAGACCAUCAGUACGGUCGUCCAGAUGAAGGAGAAGGAGAACCAGCUGAGCGGAGUCAUCCAGAAGAAGAACAUCCUCUCCGACGAGGAUGAGGUGGACUUUGAGACGUGCUGCGGCGCAGAGACGCUGGGCUUUGUCAUCCCGCCCAAGAAGUUUAAAGUAAACAUUGCCGUGCAUGCAUUACUGUCAGGUCUCAUCUGUGGGAUGGGAUUCUGGUACUUGUUGCCGUACUCUGUGAAUGAGCUGUACGGCCACUCAUAUGGGGUGACGGCGGCCAUCUUUAUCCUGGGCUGGUUGACGGUGUGCGUGGCACAAUACUCUCUGACGUGCGGCGCGCCACCAGAGCCGGCGAUUUACCGCACGAUGGACACAUACGAGCUUCUUCCUCUCACACGCCCUCUCUACGCGUUCAUUUGUUACAGCAUUCACAUAGCUGACUGGUACUCGUCCGGCGUGCUGCUGGCCAAUCAGAUCCUGCACGUGGUGUUUGUGCUGCUGCCCGUGCUGUGGCUGUGUGGACUGCUGCCCCCGGCUGAGGUGCUGGUGCUGGGGCUGCUGGAACAGGGGCAGGUCUUUUUGCUGGGGGGGACGCCGUACGCCUCGUGGGCCAGACUGAUCGUGGGUUUCCUGCUGUCGAGCGCCGUCUUUGUGGGCUGCUACUUCCUGACCAGCACGUUCAGCUCGGUGGUUCUGGCCGCCUGUGCCGGCUACUUGCUCAGCACCGACCUCGGGGCUCUCGGCUCACAGAUCUGGGCGGCCUGUCAGAGAACCAACAACAACCGGGUCUCCUCAGCGCGACAUUCGACCGCGCGAGCUUUGAACGCACCUCAGCCGACGGUGACUGGCUUCCUGUGGUCGUGGUGUUGGUCGACGGUCGUGUACCACGCGGCCAUGACGGCUGUUGUUGGGGGCGUGGCAGCCGCGGUCAACUACCACGCCGACAGUCUGUCCUCCGACGUGGUCCGCUAUCUGGGCUACGUGGUUAUCGCGGCGUGUGUGGUGGAGAAGGUGAUGCGCGACUCGCAGAGCGUCUACGUGCUGUUUGGCCUGUGGAGGAACGCCCUGUACCCACAGACGUCGGAGAGCUCUCGGUUGUUCCACAACGGCAAGAGGAAGUUGUUGGUGGUCGGAGUCUUUCGCCGCAUCUUGUUGAACUGGGUGUCGCCUCUACUGAUGGUCGUCUACCUGUCACUGAGGGUCAAGGCCGCCGAUGUCAUGUCCGACUCGCUCAUCUCCGGGCGGUCCACCGUGCUGGGAGUUUUCUACGUCUUUGGUGUGGUCAGAGCUUUCAGAUGGAGCUGGCAAAGCACCACCCACGCCCUACUGGAGACGUCCGUUGUACACAUCCUCCUGGUCACCCUGUCCGACAGCACGCUGGUGACCUCCGACCUCAGCGCGCCGACCCUGCUCCUGAUAGCCAGUGUGGCCCGCGACCGCUUCUACCAGCUCCUCAACAAGCUGUACUUGGCUCUGGCCCUAGCGGUCACUUCCUGGACGGACCGCAAGCAGAGGCGCGGCUCCACCAUGCCCCUCAUCGCGCUCAACCUGGUGUUCCUGCCCGUGCUGCUGGCCGUGGUGGCGAUGGCCUCCGCGCUGUCCGCCCCGCUGCUGUGUCUCUUCACGCUGCCGCUCUACUUCAUCGGCUACCCGCGCCUCUCCCGCUUCUGGCCCGAGCCCGUCGGGUCGUCGGCAAACACCUGCCCUGACAGCCUCUACUACCGACAGCUCUCCCUCGAACUGGCCAAGGCGCUCAGACAGGCUUUUGCCAACGGCAGCUUAGGUGAGCCCCAGGUGGGCAACCACUACCUUAUGAGGUUCCAGGACCGCCUGGUGUGGACCAUGAUCCUGGAGCGAGGGGCCGGCUACUGCAGUGUCAGUGUGAAGGGAUUGGAGCUACAGGAGACGUCAUGUCACACCGCCGAGGCUGCCAGAAUUGACGACCAGUUCAAAGAAGCGUUUGAGCGCCCGGCGGACGACGUGGGCGUGUGUACCUUCAACAGCUACCCUCUACACAGUCUGACGCCCUUAGACACCGCCGAGGUGAAGGCCUACUCUGACGCUCGGAACAUCCUCACGGGGGUCAUCGACUCGCCCGACGCCGUCGACGUGACCUUGACCUUCUUCGCCAAGAGCCUGGUGUGGCUGCUGCUCCACCACAUCAACCGACGCAAGCGACAAGAGGAGGAGAGUCGCAAACAGAAGGAGCAGGAGCUGGCCCGCAUGGAGGAGUUCGGCAAGAAUUCCUCGGGCAAAGACAGUAUGGGCGGCGACUGGAUGAAGAUGAAGAUGAAGAACAAAGAGAGACAACUGCCCGCACUGCGUAGCUCGGCCACCGCGGCAGCACCUCUGCCAGAGAUCAACCACAACGUGAUGACUCCGGCCGCCGCGAAAGCGAUCCGAGGAGUGGGAGGGGGUGACAGUUUUGUCCUGCCCCCGAUCAACGGGAAUAAGACGAGCCUGGUUCAGGGGCCGCGGCCGCCCUCGCGAGAUUCGAACCCCUCGCGGAAAGGCUCGGUCACAUCCUCGCUUCACAGCUUCACAGACAGUAUUUGGUCAGACGACGAUUUUGACCGCGGGAGGAAGGCGGGCCCGACGCGACGGCAGCACAAAGUGGCCACGGUUGUGUCGGUGGGUGGGGGCGGUGGUGGUGGGGGCAGCUCCCCUCUCCCACAGCCCGUCAUGACCUCCCUACCCCCGCUGCUCCCCGGGAAAAAGUCGUCCAGCGCCUUCAACGACAGCGGGACAGGCAAAGACAUUGACGAUUUCCUCACGGACAUGGACUUUGGCCUGCCCGCUGUGGACGUCAACACCACUCACACUGUGCCAGAUUUUGACGACGACGGCCCUUCUAGCAAGCCGCAGCCUUUGGCCGGCAGGAAGCCGCCGCCCCCAGUUUUUGCCCCGAAGCCUUCUACGAGGUUCGCGGCUGUCACAAACGGCAACCACAUCUACCGGCCCGUGAUGAACCUGGCUGGCAGUCCGGACUUCAAAUGUCAGAGUUCUAGCUACAUGAGCCAGCGGCCCCAGCUACCUGCACAAGUGUUACUGCGGCGAGGUUCCCUGGAACGCCAUGAUGGACUGGCUGUCCGAGGACCGGGAGCUCCAUACGCUGGUCAUCACUGCCUUCAGGUACGGCUUCAAGCUGAUGUUGGACCAGAUGUUGCUGGGCGAGAUCUCGGACCACGAGGAGCUGGAGGAGACGCUGCGUGGCUUCGACAACCACUGGUACAUCGGCCGAGAAACCGAGGCGGGCUGGGCCACCGCUCUGGCUCAGUGUCGGGAAAAUCUCUUCUCUCUCGGCCACAACUUGGGACAGGGCACGUACUCGAGCCGCUCGCUGUCCCUGCAGGACCUGAUGGUUCACAUGGGCCGCGUCAACGCCGAGGCCGUGCGGGGCCAGUGGGCCAACCUCAGCCUGGAGCUGCUGUACAUGACCAACGACGACGAGGAGCGCUACUCCAUCCAGGCCCAGCCCGCCAUGUUGAGGAACCUCACCGUGCAGGCUGCCGACCCGCCCCUCGGGUACCCCAUCUACUCCUCCCCGCCCAUCUCUGUGCCUCUCUUGUGAUCGCGUCGUCACCGCGAGCGAUUCAGCCACGUCAUACACACACGUGUACAUGUGUACGCUCGGUCGCACGUUCUAUAUUUGACGUAACUUAGCCACGUCAUACACACUUUGCAACCUCAGUGCUUUCUUGUUGUAUCUCCAUCUUUUUUUUUUAAACAGUGAAAAUGUGACAUCUUUCUGUGAAGC